AAACAUCUUAAUUCAUUUCCUUUGACUAUUCACCCCAAAGCAGCUAGCUAGUUUAGCUACAUUGCACGGAGACUUGAGAAGCAUUAAACACUGUUUGUCCCGGUUUUGCAUGUCCAAUAAACAGACAGGCUCCACAGUCGGCACAAACAUGUCGCACACAAUUUUGCUUGUUCAACCGACCAAGAGACCCGAGGGCCGCACUUACGCUGACUACGAGUCGGUGAAUGAAUGUAUGGAAGGUGUUUGCAAAAUGUAUGAAGAACAUCUUAAGAGGAUGAAUCCGAACAGUCCGUCCAUCACUUAUGACAUUAGUCAGUUGUUUGACUUCAUUGACGACUUGGCCGAUCUGAGCUGUCUCGUGUACAGAACUGACACUCAAACGUACCAACCGUACAACAAAGACUGGAUCAAAGAGAAGAUAUAUGUCCUUCUGCGGCGUCAGGCUCAGCAGGCAGCAAAGUAAAGGCAUCGGUGUGGAGUUGUCCGGCUACACACACUUGGAAGGAGUUUAUACUGCACUGUAUUUCCACUGUGUCUCAAAGACCUUUUGUAAAAGGACACCAUUGUCCGUUUGACAAGGGUAGGGUUUUCAUAUUAUACUGUACAUGGGAAAAUGAAGGGGUUUGAAAACGGGGAGGGCGGGGAAUUUGAUGCCUCAUUUAGAAAUAGUCAUGCUCUGCAGCAUACAUACCUUUGUAAUGUGUUAAACUAAGAUCUGAGUUGAGCUAUAAGCUGCAAGGACUUGUUGACUGAGAGAAAUUCAUGUUAAAAUGCUCAACACGUUAGGUAAAGACUAUUUUUUUGUCAAAUAUUUGGGCUUUCAGAUUACCCAAAAGUUUCUGUUUAUGUACCAUUGACAUGGCAGUUUUAUUUGAAGAUGCUGUGGAUUUUAAAUGCAGAUGCUUACUUUUUCAAUGCCUGCAGACCAAUCCAGUAAUGCAACAGAUCCCAUAUGAUUUAUUUCCAUAUUUUAUCUUAUUGUCUGUAUAUCCUACCAUUAUGAUGUAAAAUCAUUUUUUUACGUUUUACGUAGUAUCUGAUUUUAACUAUCUAGAUUGUUUUCUUUAAUUCUACCCAAAUAAACUAUUGUUUUCAGA